CCGAGUCACGAAGCAACAAUCGGGUAUUUUCAGCGUCGGGUAGCUGUAGGCCUCUAGUCUCACCAAAAAGCGAAAUAUUAAGAUGAAGUAACAUCAAGAUAUCUAUCUAUUGCCUUUCUUUUUCUUCUGUUUGUUUUCCUUUCCCUCUUUCCUUAUAUAGGUACCUAUCCCCACAUUAUACAGUUGUGGUCUAUAGGAUUGUGGGUUAUCUCUAUGGGCUAUAUCACUUAUUUACAGCAUGUUACCAUCUUCCCGAUACAUAUUUAACAUGUAUCAUUGAACAGAGUCUUGUAUUAUGAUAGAGAACCGGUUGAUGCUGGAAUAUCUUGCUUUUAAUGUUUGCCAGCUUCAAUCAACGUGGAAAUUAUAACCGUGCCAUCGGUGCUUGUCUACUUGGUAAAUCCUCUAUUCAUCCAUCGGGUUUUAUCCAUCCAAAGACCCAAGGCUACAAUAGCCAAGGUUACAAUUUACUAUGGAGGCAAAAGCCAAGGAACGAGAGGCACUCGUCUCUAGCACACAUGGCAAGGCUGCCCUUGAUCAUGCUAUAGCAGCUGCAGAGCUGUAUAUGAGAGCCGCCCGAGCAACAUCUAGCUCGGAGGAGAAAACUCGACUUACUAAAAAGUGCCAGUCACUUAUCUCGAAAGCGGAAGAGCUUAAGAAAUCAGGUCAACUCGGAGGAAGUAGUGUUGCAGCCGUGGAGAAACGUCUUAAGCUACCACGUCAGGCUCGCCAGAUUCCCAAAAAUGAACAGGCCAUUCUCCUUCGCAGCUCUCGGCUCCACGGAAAUGUGUUUCUACCCUGGGAAUCGGACCCUGAAUCUAGGGAAUUCAGUGGGAGCCAGUUCAGUGACACCGCAGAAUUCUCUCUAUCCUCACGCCAAAGAGCCGUCUUCGCAGGCUGGAAACGUCCCAUGGAGAUCGUGGGCCGAGGAAUCCAACCUAAUCAAAUCAACGAUUCUUUAAUGGAGGCGCGAAACGACUAUGACUUAGUCCAGGACAUAACAACAGACUGCUCAGUCGUCGCAAGCCUCUGUGCCUGCAUGAGGCACCUAAGACCGGGACCUACGUCAAUUCUACCUGCCUUGAUGUUCCCCAUCAAUUCCGAAAAUGGACAACCCCAACUAUCUGUCACCGGAAAGUACGUAUUCCGAAUGUUCAUCAACGGCUGCUUUCGCAAAGUCGUCAUCGAUGAUCGACUCCCGUCGUCUGCAACAGACCGUACACUCUACGUCGUCGACCGUCAAAAUCCGAAUCUCAUUUGGCCUGCACUGAUGGAAAAGGCCUAUCUCAAGGUUCGCGGCGGCUACGAUUUUCCGGGGAGCAAUUCUGGUACCGACUUGUGUGCGCUGACGGGCUGGAUACCGCAACAGAUUUUUCUGCAAAGUGAUGAUUUAGAUUGGGAACGUACGUGGAAGCGUGUCAAGAAAGCUUACGAUUACGGCGAUGUGGUGGUCACUCUAGGGACGGGACGGCUCUCACUAGAUGAAGAAGAGACAUUAGGGCUAGCAGGCGAACAUGACUACGCCGUCCUCGAUAUGUCAGAGACAUCUGGAAACAGAAAACUGCUGGUGAAAAAUCCCUGGUGCGACGGCCUCGUCUGGAAAGGUGUCGGAUCUUCCGAAGCUUCAUCCUCACGGGCAACAGAGGAUCAUCCCAUUAAGUUAAAACCCGGGUCUUUCUGGAUUAGCUUCGAUGACGUGACGCAAAACUUCGAGUCGCUCUACUUGAACUGGAAUCCGAGCCUCUUUACCGAACGCCAAGACCAUCACUUCUCCUGGCAGCUCCCGGACGCCACCAUGAUCGGCGGCUCCUGCUUAGCCCAUAACCCGCAGUACUCUAUGAAAGCUUCUGCGGAUGACAGCACUUGGAUCCUAUUGAGCCGGCACUUCCAGGAUGACGAGCUCAAUAUCAUGCGCAACCAUCGCACCGGCACUGCCCAUACUACUUUCCACGUCGAGGACGAUACUACUUACAACCCUAACACUACUCUCGCCGAGGUCUCUAGUAAACUCGGUUUCAUAAGCAUAUACAUCUUCGACGACCACUCUGGCCAGCGCGUCUCCCUCAACACACGACCCAUCUACCGAAGCGACUUCGUCGACUCCCCCCAGACUCUCGCAGCCUUCGAAUCCAAGCGCGGUGUAACCUACACCGUCGUCGUCGCCACGCAAGAGCUCCCGCUUCCGAAAUACUCCUUCACGCUAUCCUUCUUUUCUCGCAGCCCCCUGACUAUCGCCCCAGCGCCAUCACCCUUCCGCCACUACACCGAUGUCAAGGGGUCCUGGACUCGCCGCACGGCCGGCGGCAACUCUGCCUCCGCCUCGUACCUAUCGAAUCCACAGUUCAGUCUCACUUUACCACGAGCCGGUCCCCUAUGUCUACUCCUAAGUACAGCGCGAGACGAAAUGCCCGUCCACGUAGCCCUCGUAUGGGCCGGUGGGCGUCGUGUCGCAAGCGUAGGAAACCGGGACCUCGUACUCGCUAGCGGCGAUUACAGGCGCGGCUGCGCUUUAGCUGAAGCAAAGAGCGUGGACGCCGGAACCUACACCGUCGUAUGCUCGACCUUCGAACCAGGGUACCUCGGCGACUUCGCAUUGCGCGUAGGAUCAGACGCACCUUGCGCCGUGGCCCCCGUGCCAGCCGACGCCGCGGGGAUGCUGCGUACGCGGUUAACUGAUCUGCCUACUUGUAUCCCCCCAACAGGAGCCGGAGCCGGGAGCGAGCCUCAUAAGAAGAAGCGCGCCGUGGUUUCCGCGGCACGGUUGACGCGGGCUUGUAUCGUCAUCACACGGAACUUCACCCCUCACGCCACUUAUCCCACCGGCACUUCCACCCCCCGCCCCCAUCCCGCCGUCCGCGCAACAGUCGAAUUCGGCACCGGACCUGAUCGAUUGAUCCUCGCGUCCACCGACGGCAACAGUAACACCAAUACCAAUACCAAUUACAACAACAACCACGCCCCCGAAUUCAAGGAAGUCGGUCCCAACGGCCUACGCACAAGUGAUUUCGACAUCGACCCCCGGUCCGGCGGGUUAUGGCUCGUCGUCGAGCUACUGGGUUUAUACAAUUCGCCUGCUCCCGGCGGUGGUGGUGACGGGCUACAGGUCGAGAUACUGAGUGAAGGCCCCGUGAACGUCGGCGCUUGGGAGGGGAUCGAUGAUUGAUUAUCUCCCGACUUGGUUGGUUUGGCGGGUACUUAGUAAGACUCUGUUAUGGGGGUUUGGUAGCUAGUUCCUACUAUAAAGGAGAGAAUGAGAAUGAAAAAGGGGUAAAGACGGGUGACAAUGAUGAGUCAUGAAGACUACACCGAACGAAGAAAUGGUAUAUAGUAUGCCUUAUAGCUUAGCCGUAAGAGGAGUAGUGAGAAAGAAGUCAGUAUGAUAAUGAACAACGCAAGGAUACCAAAAAGGGGACGAGGGGUUUUCUCGGCGCGACUUGACGACCUAUAUAGAUACCUUAAAUCAUAUAAUAUAGGCCACCAUAGCAUCUCA